AUGACGAAUCACAUCCUGGAGGGCCGGGAGUACCGCCACCAGGAGACCUGCCCCAAUCGUCCAUACGACGAUGAGGAUGAGUCCGAUGCUCUCUCUGGAGACACUGACAGCGAAGACGAGGAAGACGAUGACAAACGCGAAGCCCGAAAAGGCUUCGAAUGCUGCUCUGACAGGCGCUGCACCACGUGGUUCGACCUGAGGAGCUGGUUUGGCCUCCUGUCAUCCGACCUGCCCAACCCGGACUUCAAAGCUUGCUUCACCGAUGUCGCUCACGGAGGCAUCGGGCUGUUUGAGAAGCUGGUCGUGCUCGGCGGGAAGACGCUGAAUACCUUUGCAGAGAUCCACUUUUUCGAGCAGUUUGCGUCUGUCUCGCGGCCGUAUCUGCCCCGCGAGCUUGCAGAGGUGGCGGGCGCCGACGCGCCGCGUCUGCUAUGGUCCCAGAAGCGCGUGGAGCGUGUGACGGCGCACCAAGCGCUGUAUGCCUUUGGGAAGAGCUACCUCUCGACUGCGCAGGCGCUGCCCACGCGCCAGGCGGUCUCCAAGUACGUGAAGUCCUGCAUCGGCUACUCCUGCCAGAGCUCAGACACCGAAAACCUCUACAAAUGGAUGCCCGUCCUCGUCGAACACAUCUUCUGGGUGCAAAGAGUCCGGACGGAGGCAGACACGCACGCCAACGAGCUGCUGCAAGAUCUUCAGGAGUACCUCGGAUACAGACAUGAUCACCUGCUGCCGAGGAUCAGAGAGUGCCUGAGGAACCGCCAACCUACACAGCGCUCUGAUACGCCGACUGGGAAAGAGCUCAUUCGCCUUUAUGCGGCAGACUACUUCGCCGUGCUGGCUCGGGAGAGCGGAGUUGAGAAGAAAAACCAAGCUGUAUGGACAGACGAAGAACUGGACAUGUUCAUGGAAGGCCCCGCAAUUCCCCUUUUCGCGGUCCUCGGCAUGUCGCUGCAGCCCUUCUUGAUGAGGACAGACUCGAACGACUUGCCCACCACGGAGGUCUUUGUCGCCACGUUCUACUCCCUGGUCGCCGCCUGCUGGGUGCUUUCCACCGAGAGCCGUGUCAAGGUCUGGAUGCCAGCGCUCAUCCAACGUCUUCGCCAAGUUCAGCUUCUGGUCCAGCUCGCUUCCUUCGAAGGCAACGUCUACACACGCGCUAUGCGACGGCGGCGGAUGGCCACGCAGCCCGUGGAGCUUUCGCAGUUCGCCGCUGCGAACAACGGCGCCUCGGAUCUCUUCAGACUGUGGAACGUGGACCCCAGCAGACCGCCUGCGGGAAACCUAGGCGCAGGCCCUCAGAGUCCCCGUCUGCUCCAGCUGGGGGGGCCGGCGGAAGCCGCGAGUCCAGGCUUCGCCCUGCCGGGGCUUUCUUUUCUCUUUGGAAGGAACAAAAAGCAGGAAGGCGCCGAGGGCGGAAACGAGGCGCGCGCCGCGCGAAACAACGACGACACGGCGCUUUUGCCGCCAGGCGACCGAACGCUGAUGCUGACGGACUUUUCGCAGCCGCCCGGCGCGGUCCAUUCCCCGACGCUCACGCUCCGCCCCUUCGCCCGCGUCGUCCCUCCGCAACCUCGGCGCGCGCGCUCCAAACCGCCGGCGGGUUCCGCGCCGGCAGGCUGCUGUCUGUUCCCUUAUGGGAACCCGUCCCCCUACGCCCUGCCCCCGCCUCCUGGCGAGUCCAGCUGCUGCUGCGCGGUGCCCCCCUCGGCCUCUGUAGCCCAGCAUUCUGCGUUCACCUCAGGGAUCCUGGAGGGACCGCCGCUCCGGCGCUUGCCUGCGCGCGCGCACAAUUCGACCUUCCUGGAGGGAGGACCUGCGGAAGAGUAUCGGAGACACUGCAGGCCUUCGACGGGGGAUGAACCCCGUUUGCGACAGCCGCUGCGGCGGCAUGGCAAGAAGAAGGGCACGACUGUGACGAUUAGCCUAGAUGACGAAGAAGGUGCGCCGGAAGGAGGGCUUUCGAGACGCGGGUCUUCCUGUCCCACUUCCCCGAGAUCGUCUCCGUCGCCGGGGCGGCGGCUGCGGAGUCGCGGCGACGAAGAGCCGUCGGGGGCGGACUCGGCAGACGUCCGCGCGAUUCUAGUGGGGAAGAACAUGAAGCCCGUGUGCCUCAACAUAAAGAAAGGCGGCGCGGAUGAGCAGCCGUCGGUGUUCCUGACCGAGCUCGGGGAGGAAGAUAAACAGCAGAUCGGCUUGGAAAAGGCCGACGGCCGCACGCGAGACGGGGGAGGCGACGACGCAGCCCUGAUCCGCACUCAGCAGAUGCAGUUGGAGCUGCAGCAGCUCCAACUCCAGCAGCUGCAGCUGCAGCAGGAGCUCCAGAACGAGGCGCUUUUCAGCAGGCGCCCGCCGCCUCUCUUCCCCAGCGGCCCGUCCGCCCUAGUGACCCGUCAGCGCGAGGCGACUCCCCCCGCGGGCGUCUCGCUGCAGCUGCAGGUACCCCCGGAAGUGGUCGAUGAAACCAGAAAGCUCUGCGGCUCGGCGCCGAGUGGCGGCGUCUCAGCCGCAACCUCCUCGGAGUUGCCUUCCUGCACACUGCUUGUGACUCCGCAGCCCCCCCCGGCUGGGAAGUCCUCUGGAGCCGAAGGGCCUCUGCUGUCCGGGUGUCAGCUGUAUAGCCAGGCGGCACCCCAAGUCACCUCUGCGUUCUGUUUUCCACAGCCGCCCAUGCCGCCCGCCGACACAGUCAAGUCUUCGGCCUUCAAACCCGUUGACAUUCUCGCCUACACGAUGCCCAGGCCCGCCCCUGCGCCGGUGAGGCACGACGCCCCCGCGCGGGGCUACGGGCGCGCCUCCGCCCCGGGGCGUGACCCGCGGACCUGCGCGAGCGCGCCGGUCUGCGCCUCGCCCUCCGCGAUGCAGAUUCCGAACCUGCUGCUAGAGGCCAGAGAGCGAGGCGGCGCGCGGGUUGCGGAGACCGGCGAGUCGCGCUCCAGAUGCUGGCCGGCGGCAGCCUGCUUCUCGGGCCCAGCCGAAGCCGAGAAUGAAGGGGCCGCCAGCGGCUUAUGGUGCCCUGGGGCGGAAGCAGGACGCACCGAGGACGAAGGGCUUCCCCCCGGCUUCGUGGUGGCGCCGGCGGCCGUCCAAGCUCACGGUCGCGGCGGACCGGUCUUCUACCGCCAGCGCACACAGAAGCUGUGA